GGUUUCUCCGCUCGCCGUGACGUCUUAAAGGGCUCGACGGAAGUUGGCGCGGAAGCUGUUCCAAGAUGGCGAACCGCACGGUGAAGGAUGCGCACAGCAUCCACGGCACCAACCCUCAGUAUCUGGUGGAGAAGAUCAUUCGGACGCGAAUCUACGAGUCCAAGUACUGGAAAGAAGAGUGCUUCGGGCUCACGGCUGAACUUGUAGUUGAUAAAGCCAUGGAGUUAAGGUUUGUCGGUGGUGUCUAUGGAGGCAACAUAAAGCCAACUCCUUUCCUGUGUUUGACACUGAAGAUGCUACAGAUCCAGCCCGAGAAGGAUAUCAUUGUAGAAUUUAUAAAAAAUGAAGAUUUCAAGUAUGUCCGCAUGCUGGGUGCACUUUACAUGAGACUGACAGGCACUGCCAUUGAUUGCUACAAGUACUUAGAGCCUCUCUACAAUGACUACAGAAAAAUCAAGAGUCAGAACCGUAAUGGGGAGUUUGAACUGAUGCAUGUAGAUGAGUUUAUUGAUGAACUACUGCACAGCGAGAGAGUCUGUGAUAUCAUUCUGCCUCGGCUACAGAAACGCUACGUGCUAGAGGAAGCUGAGCAAUUGGAGCCUCGGGUUAGUGCUCUGGAAGAAGACAUGGAUGACGUGGAAUCCAGUGAAGAAGAGGAAGAGGAGGAUGAGAAGUUGGAGAGAGUGCCAUCACCUGAUCACCGCCGGAGAAGCUACCGAGACUUAGACAAGCCCCGGCGCUCUCCCACUCUGCGCUAUAGGAGGAGUAGAAGCAGGUCUCCUAGAAGACGGAGUCGAUCUCCCAAGAGGAGGAGUCCCUCCCCUCGACGAGAAAGGCAUCGGAGCAAGAGCCCAAGACGUCACCGAAGCAGAUCCCGAGAUAGACGCCACAGAUCCCGCUCCAAGUCCCCAGGUCAUCACCGUAGUCAUAGACAUAGAAGUCAUUCAAAGUCUCCUGAAAGAUCUAAGAAAAGCCAUAAGAAGAGUCGAAGAGGGAAUGAAUAAUGGAUUCUGUUUGUUUUUAAUCCAAAUGACUUCCUAUGGAAUUGAAGGAGUCGGUCUAUGUGGAAGAAUUAAGAACUACUCCAUAGGCAGCAACUUUUUUAACCAAGUUUCUCACUUUUUUUUUCUUCAGGGGAAAGAGGUGGUGAGGUGCUUGUUAUUAUAAUUGGGAUUUUUUGUUGUUGUUGUUGUUACUGGUAUUGGGGCCAUACCCAGCAGCGGUGCUCAGAGCUUAUUCCUGUCUCUGUGCUCUGUGAUCACUCCUGGAGGGGUUCAAUGGACCAUAUGGUGUACCAGGAUCAAAGCUGCUUGCAAAGCAAGUGCCUGCCCACUAUAUUACUCCUAGCUCUGGUGCUGAGGUUUUUAAUUCAUUAAAUAAGGGUUAUCCCUUAUUUAAGGAAGGGCUGCUUUUGGCACCAACCUUGAACUUUACUGAGAUUUGAGGAUAGAAUUUCCAACGUGGAGGGUAAGACUGAACAAGGAAGAGAUGUGGUCACCACGUGAUUCUUUCAUUAUUAAUAUGACAUACCCAUAUCCCACUUUUCUAUACUUCGAGUUUUUGCUUCUUUCUGAGAAAAAUGUAUUUGUAUUGCUGUUGUUAUUAGAUUCAGGCAUCAAAUAAAUAGUAGCUCCUACUUUUUUUUUUCAGUAGCGAUUAACUGGAAAUAAAAGCUGAUUAGCUGCAGCGUGGAGAGAAAAUAUAGGAGGCACUUGACUUUAGCGUAUGGCCAACCCAGUUUGAUCCCCAGCAGCAUAUAUAGUCCCGAACCACCAGUGAUAUUUCCUCAGCAGAGCGACGAAUAACUUCUAGCACCCAAACAAAGAACAUUAAAGAAAAAGAUACCCCCUGGAUGAUCUUGUUCAAGAAGCAGCAAAAUUUAAUACCCAUUAUAUAGGAUUCCCAUACUGAGUUUCUUUUUACCUAGAAGUCUUGAUUUCCAAGUUGUGGUGUUCAUGUUUUUCCUAAAGCAGUGUCAUCCAAGUCUAGUCAACAGCAGCAGGGCAACAAAACUGGAAAGGCUUGAGAAAAAUAGUAGUAUGAAUCACGGUCUUGACCUCAACUACCGCACAACAGUAGUGCUAGCUACAGUCAUAAAUUUUAGUGGGAAGAGACUAGGAGCGGGUGUUAAGAGUUUCAGUGAUAAUGAAAACGAUGUGUUCGAUGUAAAAAAUGCUGAGUCAAGAGUUUGGGGAUAAUGCUCGGCGACACAGAGCGCUGGCCUUGUUCGUGAGCCCCUUGGAUCCAUCUCCAGCACCUAAGGGAAUGAUAAAUUUGCAGCAGUCAGUCAGCCAGAUAAGGCUAGGCAAUUAGAAAUGAGGGCUGGAGUGCAGCAUAGACCUGAAUUGAUAAUGUUUAGGUAAUUAUUGCAGAUGGAGAAUUCAUUAAGAUCCUAUGCCAGGGAGAAUCUUGAGGGUCAGAGAGUGCAGGGGUUAAAGCACUUGCCUUGCAUGUAAUACAGAUUGAUCUCUGGCACUGUGUGUGCCCCAGAACACAAGUCAUACCUCUGCUCCACUCCUCAGAAAAAGAUUUCAGAGGCGAAUGAGUAUUUUUUUUUCCUCCCUGAAAGUACUAUUUGAAUCUGGUCUAAGAAUACAGAGCAAAAUGAACUCUCCAAUGGGUACAGAUAAUCACGGAAUAGGAAUUUUUGCUAAAAAUUUCAUUUGUCCAACUUUACUCUUUUAAAAAGAGAAAAGUAAUUAAAUAAUUUCUCAGUAAUCCAACUACACCAGCAGUUCAUGUCCCAGCAAUAACCCUGAAGAACUGCCAAUAGGUUUCAGUUUGAUAAGUCAUACUGAUCAGAGGAUAAACAUUCUAUCUCACUUGGCUACUAAAAAACUUUUGCAGAAAUAUUAAAGCAUUUUGGGGGAUAUCUGUUUCAUAUUCUUCCAUGACUGACUGAUAAUAUGUGACCUAAUAAAAGAUGUUCCUAAGA